AUGGCAAAGCACUUCGUCUCAUCCCUUCGUCCCCUCUCCCGUCUCGCCACGCAAAGAACACGACCACAGCUGCUAACACAACAACCCUCGCGAGCAUUCUCAGCAACAUGUCAACGCAAGCUCAUGGAGACCUCCGGCUUUACGGACGAACAAUUGACAGUCCGCGAUGCCAUCUUCAAAGUCUGCGAGCAGUUUCCCGACGACUACUGGAUGGAGCGGGAUAUUAGUGGCGAGUAUCCUCACGAACUGCAUGCUGCGUUAGCGAAGGACGGCUGGAUUGGCAUUGCUCUUCCAGAAGAUCUUGGAGGUGGUGGACUUGGUAUCAGCGAGGCGACCAUGAUGAUGCAAACCAUCGCAGAGAGCGGAGCAGGGAUGCAGGGUGCUCAAUCCAUCCAUGCCAACGUCUACGCCACACAACCAGUGAUGAAGUUCGCCAGCUCAGAGCAGCGACCGCGAUUCUUAUCGAAGAUCGUGAGUGGCGAAUGGAGAACCUGCUUUGGUGUUACGGAACCAACCACAGGAUUGGAUACCCUCAAGCUCAAGACCAAAGCUACCCGCAACUCGGACGGUGGCUACAGCAUCUCUGGUCAAAAGAUCUGGAUCACCAACGCUCAAAUAGCCCAAAAGAUGGUUCUGCUCGCCCGGACAACGCCCUUAGAAGAAGUCAAGAAGCCCUCUGAAGGCCUCAGCAUGUUCUUCGUCGACAUCGACCACAGCAAACCCGGCUUCGAGGCGCGCAAGAUCCGGAAGAUGGGCGGUCGCGCCGUCGACGCCAACGAAGUCUUCUUCGACAACUAUCAGAUCCCCUCCGAUGCACUGAUUGGCAAAGAAGGUCAGGGUUUCAAAAUCAUCCUCCACGGCAUGAACGCCGAGCGCUCUCUCCUCGCCGGCGAGGCUCUCGGACUCGGCUAUGCUGCGCUCAAGAAGGCGGUCGCUUACGCCAAAGACCGCGUCGUAUUCGGCCGACCCAUCGGCCAGAACCAAGGAAUCCAGCACCCGCUCGCCUCGGCAUUCAUGAACCUCGAAGCGGCCAAGUUGGCAACAUACCACGCAGCACGAUUAUAUGACCGCUCGAACCCAGAUCAUCCCGACUACGACGAGGCGAUCACGCAGCACCAGGUCGGCGUGGCGUGCAAUAGCGCCAAGUACGUGGCGGCGGAGGCGGCGUUCGCUGCUUGCGAAAAGGCGGUGAUGAGUAUGGGUGGGAUGGGAUAUGCUUCGGAGUAUCAUGUGGAGCGGUAUAUGCGGGAGUGCUUUGUGCCUAGGUUGGCGCCUGUGAGUCGGGAAAUGAUUAUGAACUUCAUCGGCGAAAGGGCGCUGGGGCUGCCCAAGAGCUACUAG